CAGAGAACGAGCUGCUGGCGGAUAUACAGGCACCAGCUAAGCUUUAGGUGUAUUUCAGACUUCUUCGUGAUGCCAAGACGGAUGCUAAUGCCUCACAAGUCUGUUUUCUCUUACUCCCGCCCCCCAAAGUGGCUGAAUGGUGGCCACAACAUGAACUCAGCCAGGUGUGGAUACCGUGUCUUCUCCGCCAACUCCAGCGAGGCCUGCAUGGAACUGGCCAAAAAAAUUACAGAGCGCUUGGGAGCACAGUUGGGGAAAGCAGUUGUAUACCAGGAAAGUAAUGGAGAAACCAGAGUAGAAAUCAAGGAAUCAGUCCGAGGGCACAAUAUCUUCAUUAUACAGACAAUUCCAAGAGAUGUCAACACUGCAGUAAUGGAGCUUCUGAUCAUGGCAUACGCUCUGAAGACUUCCUGUGCCAACAACAUUAUCGGAGUGAUCCCAUAUUUCCCGUACAGCAAGCAGAGCAAGAUGCGCAAGCGGGGCUCUAUUGUGUGCAAGCUGCUUGCUUCAAUGAUGUCUGACGCAGGGCUUACGCAUAUAAUUACUAUGGAUCUGCACCAAAAAGAGAUACAGGGCUUCUUCAAUUUCCCAGUGGACAACCUGCGAGCCUCCCCCUUUCUACUACAGUACAUCCAGGAAGAGAUCCAAAACUACAAAAAUGCAGUUAUAGUUGCCAAGUCGCCCGAUGCAGCUAAAAGGGCACAGUCUUAUGCAGAACGGCUGCGCGUGGGCCUUGCUGUCAUACACGGGGAGCCACAAUGUGGAGAGCACGAUAUGUUAGAUGGACGCCAUUCUCCACCCACUGUGAAGAACAAUACAGUGCACAAAGGACUGGAGAUUCCCUGCAAGCACCAGUCUCCGUUUCCAGGCAUUGAACUGCCAAUGUUGAUGCCCAAGGAGAAGCCACCCAUCAGCUUGGUUGGAGAUGUACAUGGAAAAAUUGCCAUCAUUGUGGAUGACAUCAUCGAUGAGGUAGACAGUUUUGUGGCGGCAGCAGACAUUCUGAAAGAACGAGGAGCCUUUAAGGUCUAUGUGAUGGCGACUCAUGGGAUCCUAUCCUCUGAUGCCCCGCGCCUGUUAGAACUUUCAGCUAUAGAUGAGGUGGUAGUGACCAACACAAUACCACAUGAGCUCCAGAAGCAACAGUGUUCCAAAAUCAGAACAGUGGACAUAAGUAUGAUCCUCUCCGAGGCCAUUCGGCGGAUCCACAAUGGAGAGUCUAUGUCCUACCUCUUCCGAAACAUUGCACUGGAUGACUGAGCGUGCUGCUCUCCUCAGAGCGCCACGCAGGCACGUGAACUAGUUGGGCCGGAGUUUAGCAGUGCACCAGCCUCAGUGUACCACGAUGUUUGAAGUUUUUACACUAUGGCAAAAUGCCACAUUCUGGAAGGCGAAUGCGGAGCAUGAUUUGGCAACCCGUCUGCAGGGCGGAAAGUGAAUUGCAACUGUCUGGGUUGGAUUUUUAACAGUUGGAAGCAUGAGCUGCAAUGAUUCCCUUUGUAUUAGCUGGAGUAUGUGUGGAUGGGCUAACCCCUGUCAUGUCAGAGGUACAGUGGUUAGGCUUGUGGCAGUCAAUGCUGUUCUCAGUGUCACAGAAUAGGAGAUGCACAGAAUACAUAACAUCUGUACACGCAGCACAUGUAAGCUGUGUCAUGCAUGUGCUGGCAUGCUCAUUCCCAUAUGUACUGUACAUACUGCUAAACACGCAAUCAUGGAGAAACAGGCACAUUCAAACUCUUCGGGGUGCACUACACAUGAUGUUAUGCACAUACUGGAUUUGCGUGUCUUUGUCCAUAUGUGAAGCAGACACACAAAGCUAUUUUCGGGUUUCUUUUUUUAUUUGAAAAUAUAUGUAUGUAGGGAUAUACAUAUUCAUGUCUGCUCGUUGCAUGCACAUACAUAAAAAUCUUAUGUAUAAUGCAUAUAUGCUGUACACACGCAGCUGCAAAGUGGUCUGCAUUUUACAGCAUUUAUGUAAAGUGGGCCACUAAGCAUUCAGAGCUUGGAUAUUAUACUCAUGUCCUUCCUUUUGAGCCGUCCCAACGGAAAGCUCCAGUUUCAUAUCCUUUGCUUUUAAGCUUUCCCAUAUGGUCAGACCAACAUUCUGCACAAAUGACACUGUGACAGCAGCCAUCUUUAAUGCUGGAAACUUUGGCAAUAACUUAUAGAAACUUUGCUCCUUGCAGCUUCUUUAAACUAAAACCCUUAACCACAGUUUAAGGUUGAUUUUGUUUUUCCCAUGUUUCCCUCGUGUGGCAUUGGGAGUAAGUUGCUCUCUCUGUGCCAGGGGGAUCUACGGUUCCUUCCUCUGCAAAUAUCGCUUCCAAACAGCACUGUGAUUAUGUUGUUUACUCGAAUUGGCAGACGAUUGAAGAUCCCGAGAGGAUGUCUGAUUUAUGCAAACGUUCCUUUUCUAUUGGUUUUAUUACUAUAAGGAUGCUUUGUUUUCCUGGUCUCAGAUGUUGUAUUCAGAGUUGUUUAUUUUUAAUUACAAGUUGAAGAAAAGGAAGAAAAAAAAAACAUCUGAGCAUCUUUUGUGGUCUCCUUAUUACUGGUUACAUGACAGCAAAGGCCGCUGCUUGCCAUCUCAAUGGGGGUGGUCACUGUAUCCCAUUAAAUAUGUAGCCUGGGAUGAUGUGUAUGCCUCAAGCAUCUCUGUGCUUAUGGUUAAAGGUUUGUCCUAAUCACUUUCCUACAGAUCCCAACAAGGAAGGGACAGCUUUGCUAGUAGGGUUGCCCGCACACCCUUUUGAAACUAGCAUGUAUCAGAUUCACAUGCAGCAUGGCUCAUUCUGCGAUUAAUUCAUAUUUUUAUAGUUAAUACUUAUUAUAGACAUACAUCCAGAGCCUUGUAUACAUAUUCCAGGCUGCUAAUGAAAUUCGCCAUGCCGUCUCGAUCAUCUGAUAAGGUUAGGUUUCUUAGAUACAAGUGUAGAUCGCUUAUUUCAGACACGUGCCAAAGAUUAUAGUAAACAUAUGCAUUUAUACCCGCAUAAUAUAAAAACACUUUCAAACGAAAGCAGAAAAUGUUAUCUUAUCCUUGCAUAUCUUAUCCUUGCAUAUGUCCCAGGCUCUAAGCCAAGAGAUUCUAUGUUCAGUUCUGUUUACAGGCACUCAGCACAAACAAAAUCUAUGCACUCACUGAAAGGAAAACAACCCUUACCCAAAUUAACCUCCUAAUCGCUAAUUCACUUGAUCUACGCACCAUCUACUUUUAAUCCAUAAAACUGAUCACAAAGUAACAAUGAUUGCUGGUGGGAUCAAUGAGACCCCAACAAUUUGUAACUGCUUAAAAGGGGUGUAAAACCAAAAAAAAAUGUUUGCCUAAUGAAAAGAAUUGUAAUUCUAAGCACUUUUCCCCAUAUACAUUCAUGACCUAUGUUCCUGGAUUCAAAGUUACGUGCAAACAUAAUUGCUACCCAUAGCAGUAUCUGUCACUGCCUUUUUGUUUUCUGCCCUGCUGGUUCUGACUUUUUAAAAACGUUGUAGAAGAACUUGCCAGUUGAUUAAGAGACCUAAGAAAAUGCAUUCAAAGCUGCAGCGUCAUGCAGAUACUGCUUUCAAUUACAUGUACAAUUAGCUUUAAAAACAUUGGAAAUGUGUAGAUAACAGAUUGCUUGCACUGAAGGUUACUUAGCAUUAUAUUUUCAUUAAUUUGGCAAUUUUAGGAUGGGUUUACAUCCCCUUUAAACUGCAAUUCCAGAGCUGUAUAAUAAAAUGUUGCAUAUUUUUUUAAAAAAACUAAAACCAUCUGAAAUGGGCUUACAGUAUCAUUAUCUUCAUCCACAGAAUAAAGGUGAAAUUGGGGAUUUUUGACCAGCAUGAGUAAAUCUGGCCUCUCCAGUCGCUGAAUUAUCCCUCUGCUAAGUGUUAUAGACCUUAAAGGGGACCCGUUACCCAAAAAAAAA